AUGUUCACAUUGCUCGGCCUCGACGUUACGUCGGACGCUCGCAUGCUGCGAGUGAUCGCUGCUCUCUCCUCCUCCUCCUCCUCCUCCUCCUCUCAAGAUGAGGAUACAGAAGCUGGUCAGCUUCAACCCAGCCCAACAUGCCCGGAUGCUCCGGUACAGAUCGCUCUCAUCGUGCGAGACCAAAUGCCGUCCGGGGAGAGAAGAGCUGCUGUCGUGCGCAAGACAGUCUUGCCUGAUGGAUCCUCCUUCACUGUUGGCCUUGAGGUGCCGAUUCCAGAGCCGGGAGAGCACACCCUGAAUGUCUCAGUCUGCCCGGUAGAGGAAGAUGGAAGCGUCGGCUUGCCGUUCUUUGAGCCUCAGGAUGUUACCUGCACAGUUGAGGCGCCGAGGCUUCCCCUCCCUCGUCUCCAGCAGAAGGAUGCUCUUGUUCUCUGUGGGGUCGAUAUCCCCAAGGAGGUCAGUGACGGCAAGUUGCGAGUCAUCGUCGCGCUCAAGAGAGUUUGGAACGACGCUCCCAGGGAAAUCGCCCUCAUCGUCCGCGAUCUGCAGCCCGACGGGGUGAGGAGAGCGGCCGUUGUCUACAGGACCCUUGGAGAUGACGCUGAAGCUGUCGGACUCGAAGUGCCCCUUGGUGAAGCUGGCGCCCACGUGCUGACUGUGCAAGUCGCCAAGGUGGUGAACGGAGAGAUGGAAGAAGUGUUUCGGUUGGAUGACAACGUCGUGUAUGUUUCUAACCCUCCUCCGAGCGUUGUUGUUGAGGAUGAGAACCUUGCUGUGUGCGGCGUUGAUGUCCCAGAACAUGUGGAUCAGGGAACUUUCCGAGGGAUCGUGGCUCUGCAGCGCAAGAGGGCCGCCGCCCCUGAGAACAUCGCCCUCAUCGUUCGUGACAUUCUCCCGGACGGUACUUCGAGAGUUGCUGUCGUUCGCAAGCAGUUUGUUGACAACGAGCUCAAGACCAUUGGGAUCGAGGUGCCGAUGAACGAGGCCGGCGAUCAUCUCGUUGAGAUCUGCGUUGCUGAGAGCACCCCAUACGGCAACUUCGAGAUUUUCCGCUUCCCACCCCGCAAGGUCUCUGUUUCCAACCCGCCGAUGCCCAGGAUCGCGGAGAAGGACAGUGUCGUGCUCUGUGGCAUCGACAUCCACGGAGCGCGAUGGCCCAACUUGAAGUCUAACGUGGUGAACAAUGGCCGCCUGCAAGUGAUCAUGGCGAUCGCUCGUACGUGGGAGGAUGCGCCCAACAAGUUCGCGCUGGUCGUGAGGGAUGUGACGGACCCCAACGAGGUCCGCAAGGCUGCUGUGUUCAAGACAUCGGAGGAUCUGGAGCCGUUCACGAUCGGGUUGCACGUGCCCCUUGCGGAGGAAGGGAGGAGAUUGUUGGAGGUCGAGGUGGCUGCAGUGGUGGAAGGUGGUCUGGAGAAACUCUUUUCUGUGCAGCAGAUUGCUAUCGAUGUCAUCGCCCCGGCCGUGGAGGAGGCAGCUGUGGAGGAAGAGUCGGGCUCAGAGGACGUUGUCUCCUCUGUUGACUCCUGCAGCGAGACGACGGAGGAGGCCGUGCUUGUCCAGCCCGAGUUCAAGGAGCGAGUAGCUUGCAAGAAGAGCGUCCUCCCUCUCAAGGCCACGUUCUCGUCGCAGGAUGCCGACUCGGUGAUCCGCAGGCUCUCUGUCCCCGUGGAGUUGGACGAGGAGGAGGUGCCCGUGGAAGGAUUCUCUGCAGUGACGGACGCGCUGGUGUAUGCCUUCAGGAACGAGCUGAAGAUGGGAUGCGACGACGUGAAGAUCUCUUACACAGACGAGGACGGUGACGAAGUGAUGAUCUCUUGCGACGAGGAGCUCGGUCUCGCAAUGCAGCAGUUCCGUGACGCUUCCGUGAUGAGGGUCAAGUUGCAUGCGUGAGCAGAUGAUGGGAAGGGCGAGGAGAGGAGAGGAGAGGAGAGGAGAGCUCCGACGCUUCAGUGUUGUCUGCUACGAUCGUCGUUUGUUGUGUUUAGAUACAAAAUAGAAACAGAAAAUUUCU